AUGAUCAGAGAAAGCUGAGAAUGAGAGCUCAAAAAGGGUUUUCUUGGCUUGAGAAAAAAAAGGGCACGAAGGCAAGGAAAGGCCAUCUGUAUUUCAGGGUCCAGGCCAGGGGUCAAUGAGAAGUGAGAAGGCCACUGUGGGUGCCAUUUCUCAGGUCCUACUGCCAAAGGCUCCCAUAGAAGGGACUGGGCUCUAAGGGCCUCAGAGGGAGGGUUCAACCAUGAGGGCAUCUGCAUAUUAUCCAUAGGUUUCAAACCUGCAGAAGCAUGGCCAGAGACUGGGGGGAGGGCCAGGAAUGGCCACUGUUUAAAAUUCCCUUCUAGGAGUUUCACCCCUGCAGGUGACUUCUUUUGCAAUGUCAGCACUUAAAGGACAGAGGUGGAAAGGAAGAAAGCAUUGAAAUCCCAGAUGCCUGCACAGAGAGAGUCUAAGAGGGAGGACUCCUUGUGACCCCUUAGGUGUUGAUGGGGUAGCCUGGGGUGCUUGGAAUCCCUGUCUUCCUUUUGGCUACUCAGGGCCAGCGGGGGGGCCAGUUACAGGCUCAAUUUGACAGCCUUCUCCCCCAAGCACCUUCUGCCAACAGCACCUUCAGUAUUCACAGAAAAAGGACCCAGCUACUCUCAGCCCCCUGACUUCGCUGUGGGGAGCACAGUCGGUCAUCAAGUGUUCACAACUGCCCAUUUCUCACCUUCUGCUUUGCCUUGACCAGCCUUGAGUCAGGCUUCCUUCCUCCCUCCGGCCCUUGAAACUUUAGCUUGCCCCAAAUCUGAGCAAGCUCUAAACUGAGGGACAUCCACCAUGCCAGUUUAUUCCCAAAUCCCUGGACCACAGGGAUACAUUUCUUGUCAAACCACGGGGGGUCCUGCCCUGGGUUUACUCCCCCCGCCCCCACCAUCUGCCCCACUUUCCCUUAUUGCUUACUUCCCUUUCUAUGUAAGAAAACAAAAACACGCUGAUUUGUGUUUGCUUCUGAGACCGCUUGCAGAUUUCUGAGAUUAGACCGUUUUCUUUGCAGUGAAAGUCUCUCCCUAUUUUAUUCAAGUCCGGAUUUGUUUUUGUCUGAUGUUAGCGUGGAGCUGAGAAUGAUCCCAGGGUGUUGGUGCCAGAAGAAAAGAAUGAUUGAUGGGAAACAGACACCGGGCUACAGACACUCAUCCUUUUGCUUCAGAUACUGAUAUCUCAGCGUGCCUGAGCAGCCCCCGUGAGCCGAGCACAUUGAGGAUCACUCAGGGUUAUCGGAUGUACAACGGGAGAGCCAUCACUUUGCUAAAUUAUUCUCUGCAACUGGACGUCUUUUUACAAAAACCAAACUACACCCGAGUCUACUGAAUAGAGAUAUGUUCUAGGACAAAGAAAGAGCUGCAAGUAGUUGUUACCGCCUAACACCCAAGUAUGUUAGGCUUCCACCAAAGUCCUCAAUAUACCUGAACACGCACAAUAUUCUAACCCUUCCCAUUUGGUUUUGGAAUUUGCUUUGAGGUCCCAUCCUCUUUUUGUUUUUAAUAUACAGACCUACCUACAUAUAGACAUAUAAAUAUAUAUAUAUAUAUAUGUAUCUGUAAAAUACAAACAGAUCACAGAGCAAACUGCUUUAGUUUCCUCAAAGAUUAUAAAGAAUUUAGAGAUGUAUUUGUCAAGAUUCCUCUCGAUUCAUGCCCUCUGGGUUACAGUGUCCUCAGUGAUGCAGCCCUACCCUCUGGUGUGGGGACAUUAUGAUGUGUGUAAGACUCAGAUUUACACAGAAGAAGGGAAAGUUUGGGAUUACAUGGCCUGUCAGCCAGAGUCCACGGACAUGACAAAAUAUCUGAAAGUGAAACUGGAUCCUCCGGAUAUUACCUGUGGAGACCCUCCUGAGACGUUCUGUGCAAUGGGCAACCCCUACAUGUGCAAUAAUGAGUGUGAUGCAAGUACCCCCGAGCUGGCACACCCCCCUGAGCUGAUGUUUGAUUUUGAAGGAAGACAUCCCUCCACAUUUUGGCAGUCUGCCACUUGGAAGGAGUAUCCCAAGCCUCUCCAGGUUAACAUCACUCUGUCUUGGAGCAAAACCAUUGAGCUCACAGACAACAUAGUUAUUACCUUUGAAUCGGGGCGUCCAGACCAAAUGAUCCUGGAGAAGUCUCUCGAUUAUGGACGAACAUGGCAACCCUAUCAGUACUAUGCCACAGACUGCUUAGAUGCUUUUCACAUGGAUCCUAAAUCCGUGAAGGAUUUGUCACAGCAUACGGUCUUAGAAAUAAUUUGCACAGAAGAGUAUUCCACAGGGUAUACAACAAAUAGCAAAAUAAUCCACUUUGAAAUCAAAGACAGGUUCGCGUUUUUUGCUGGACCUCGGCUACGCAAUAUGGCCUCCCUCUACGGACAGCUGGAUACAACCAAGAAACUCAGAGAUUUCUUUACAGUCACAGACCUGAGGAUAAGGCUGUUAAGACCAGCCGUUGGGGAAAUAUUUGUAGAUGAGCUACACUUGGCACGCUACUUUUACGCGAUCUCAGACAUAAAGGUGCGAGGAAGGUGCAAGUGUAAUCUCCAUGCCACUGUGUGUGUGUAUGACAACAGCAAAUUGACAUGUGAAUGUGAGCACAACACUACAGGUCCAGACUGUGGGAAAUGCAAGAAGAAUUAUCAGGGCCGACCUUGGAGUCCAGGCUCGUAUCUCCCCAUCCCCAAAGGCACUGCAAAUACCUGUAUCCCCAGUAUUUCCAGUAUUGGUAACUGUGAAUGCUUCGGCCACUCCAAUCGAUGCAGUUAUAUCGAUCUGCUAAAUACAGUCAUUUGCGUGAGCUGUAAACACAACACUAGAGGGCAGCACUGUGAGUUAUGCAGGCUGGGCUACUUCAGAAAUGCUUCUGCACAGCUGGACGAUGAGAAUGUGUGCAUAGAGUGUUAUUGUAACCCUUUGGGCUCAAUCCAUGAUCGUUGUAAUGGCUCAGGAUUUUGUGAGUGUAAGACUGGAACGACAGGGCCUAAGUGUGAUGAGUGUCUGCCGGGAAAUUCCUGGCACUACGGCUGUCAACCGAAUGUCUGCGACAACGAGCUCCUGCACUGCCAGAACGGAGGGACGUGCCACAACAACCUGCGCUGCCUGUGCCCGGCCGCGUACACGGGCAUCUUCUGCGAGAAGCUGCGGUGCGAGGAGGCCGGCAGCUGCGGCUCGGGCUCGGGCUCGGGCCAGGGCGCGGCCCCGCACGGCUGCCCCGCGCUGCUGCUGCUGCCGCUGCUGCUGCCCGCGCUGCUGGGGACGGCCGGCGCCCUGCGCUUCUAGGCUUCGCGCGCGGCCGCCGGACAGGCGCGUGCCCGCGCCGUGGGGAAGCGAACGCAACGCAAGCAAGCAUUUGCUACUAACAUAGGAAACACAUACACUCACACGCGCGCGCAGGCAGCCCCACUCAAAACAGUGUACAAACUAAGAAGGCCUAACCGAACUAAGCCAUAUCUAUCAGCCGUGGACAGCACAUCCGAGUCAAGACUGUUAAUUUUCUGACUCCAGAGGAGUUGGCAGCUGUUGAUAUUAUCACUGCAAAUCACAUUGCCAGCUGCAGAGCAUAUUGUGGAUUGGAAAAGGCUGUGACAGCCCCCCCAAACAGGAAAGACAAAAAAAAACAAACAAACAAACAAAUCAACCAACCUAAAAACAUUUGCUACUCUAAGUGGUGCAUCCUCGUACCACCCUGCCCAGUGUAUGGACCAACCAAAUAGCAUUCUUUGCUGUCAGGUGCAUUGUGGGCAUAAGGAAACCUGUUACAAGCUGCCAUAUUGGCCUGCUUCAGCCCCUGAACCCCUUCCGACCUGUGCUUUAGUGAACGUUGCUCUGUAACCCUUGUUGGUUGAAAGAUUUCUUUGUCUGAUGUUAGUGAUGCACAUGUGUAACAGCCCCCUCCAAAAGUGCAAGCCAGUCAUACCCCUGUAUAUCUUAGCAGCACUGAGCCCUGCCAGUGUGAGCACACACCCACUAUACGAGAGUGGCUAUAGGAAAAAAAGAAAGUGUAUCUAUCCUUUUGUAUUCAAAUGAAGUUAUUUUUCUUGAAAUACUGUAAUAUGUAGAUUUUUUGUAUUAUUGCCAAUUUGUGUUACCAGACAAUCUGUUAAUGUAUCCAAUUCCAAUCAGCAAAGACUGACAUUUUUAGUUUGUCCUCUUUCGUUCUGUUUUGUUUCAUUGUGCAGAGAUUUCUCUGUAAGGGCAACGAACGUGCUGGCAUCAAAGAAUAUCAGUUUACAUAUAUAACAAGUGUAAUAAGAUUCCACCAAAGGACAUUCUAAAUGUUUUCUUGUUGCUUUAACACUGGAAGAUUUAAAGAAUAAAAAUUCCUGCAUAAACGAUUUCAGGAAUUUGUAUUGCAAUUUCUUAAGAUGAAAGGAGCAGCUACCAAGCAGUUUCACACUCACUUUACUGAUUUCGGUGUGGACUGAAUACAUUCAGCUGACGAAUUUAGUACCCAGGAAGAUGGAUUGAUGUUCACUAGCUUGGACAACUUCUGCAAAAUAUGAGACUAUUUCUACUUGGGAAAAAUUACAACAGAAAAAAAAAAUCUAAGUGAUUGCCAAGAUUAUGCCAAAGCCUGUUGGCAGAGUACUAAGAGACUCUUAUUUUUAAGUCAUGCUAUUUUCACAGAUUGAUGGUGAUCAUGUGACUCUAGGGAUGCUGAUCUAUGUAUCUUUCCAAAUACAGUGUUUACAUGGAGUGUCAUAAGAGACAACCUGGGGAACCAGGAAAGUAGCAGGGAAACUGAGUGAUUAGCAAUUUGACUUUGAAUAUAUUCAGACUAAGUAUUUAUAGGAAAUAUCAAAAUAUACAGCAGCAAAUAGACAUAACUGCUGUUUCUGAGAAUAAAGUUUGUUUUAAGUACUGCCCAAGGUGUAAUAAAUUCUUGUUUCUGCCUUUUAUUAGGCCAAUUACUGUGCAAGACAGCAAGGGGAGGCAGGUGGGGAAGAACCACUACAAAGUUUCAAAGAUGCUAACACAGUGUGUACUUCGUUCCCAGCAUGCUGUUGUCCUACAGGUUACAAAUGUGUUCACGGCAGCAUCUCCUGGAAUCAAAAACAAUUAUCAGCCCAAGCCAGAGUCUUCAGGACAAUGAAGUUCUACAUGACUUGGUAGAACAGUAACCUAUGAUAGUAACAGGUUUCAAGGCUAGUUCCAGUCUGCAUUCUUCACCCUGCUGCCACUCCUUGCUGAAACAGGGGAGGGGGGCCGAAAUGUCUCCUGAUAAAUAACCUGGGAAAAAGCUAAAUGAGGGAACAGCAUGUCUCAUUGGUUUUGUUCCCAGAAAAGCCAAUUCAAAGAAGGCAAUAAAAGGUAAACAGGUAAUGCCUGUACCGCCUGCCACCCCACGACUAAGUCUAUUGAAUGUUUGUUAUUCAAACCAACAGUCUCUUUAGAUGUGAGAAAUAAGAAAAGAUGAAAAUAAAUUAGAGCUUUGGCUUGGUGCCAGAGUGGCCAACCAGAAAUUGGAGAUUUACUCUGGAAGUAUAAAUAGAAAAUUAUGUUUCAGGCUCACCAAAGAAUACACAUGAAAAUUCUGAUAACACAGGGAGUUAGAAAUGACUUAUAAUGAGGUGGAUUUCUAAUAUUAAAAUUGGCAUUUAAGUUGUCUUACAGUUUAUGAGCACAAACCAAAGGCAGCCCAUGUUAUUCCCGGCAUCGAUGCACUUUACGGUUACCCACUCAUGCCUUUGUCACAAUGCUCAGGAAUCAGACACUGCGCAUUUCAAUAUGUGGGAUUCCAUAAGCUAAUUCUAAAAUUUAAUGAAGGCCUGAUCUAAAUCAGUUCAUCUGCAUUUUAUCUUUAUGAGGCUAUAAGAAUCUAAAUUGAUUAGGAAUAUCUUGCGUUCAGUGCAUUUAGAUAUAGUUUUCCGAAUUUCCUGAAGCGAUGUGAUCUGCUUUUAAUAAAAAUUCACUUUUAGGU